AAUGAUUCCUGAUCUCUUCACACCACCAACACCUUCUUCAUUUAGCACAGAAACCUCCAUUUUACAGACAUGUUGUGUAGCAGCUCAGGCUUAAUUCUCGUCCUGGUCCUGUUUUGGGGUCCGGGUCACGCCGGGCCCAUGACGGACCCCCACCCCAACAUGUCGGACCAGGAGCUGUUUUGGGGCAGGGACCAGUACGACUUCUCUGUGGUGCUUCGUGCCGCAGGGUUGGACUGUUUCUGGCACUUUGCUCACCAUGGAGAGAGAUUCUACCUCAACUACAUGGUCCAGUGGGUGACAGGAGUCGGCCAUGACAGACACCUGACUGUCACCGUCAACGCUCCCGGCGGUCGGUUAAUUUCGAAUAUCGAUGAAGCAAAGGGUCAGAUCAACUUUGAGACUAAGGAAACAGGUUUCUAUCAGAUGUGUUUCAGCAACUUCCACAACCGCUUCGGCACCAUGCAGGUCUUCCUCAGCUUCGGCGUUUACUACGACGGCUACCAAGACCCGGCCAAGAGCAAGGAGGAAGAGAAGAAGAAGAAAGAGGAAGUCAGCAAAGACCUGAACAACACGCUGGGCAUCAUAGAGAACACGAGUCAGAAGGUGGAUUUGUACGUCUUCCACAUGAUCCGACACUACGCCUUCAACCGCAUGACGAAGAGUGCCGACUACUUCCUGCUGCAGUCCAACUCUCGGUACGUCACCUGGUGGUCGUGGGCCCUCAGCAUCCUCAUCGUCACCUGCGGAUACCUGCAGCUCUUCUUCCUCAAAAGACUCUUCGUCACCACGAACGUCACCGAGGGCGAGAAGCCGCGCUGCUGA